AUGUCUGAAGCCGUCUCUACGGCCGGCGUGAUGACUCGCGCCAAGGUGGCGGUGAUGGAGAAGAAGGCUGAGGUAGAGGAGCCGCCACCAAGCCAUGAUAGCAGCAAGACUGACCACAAGCAGGAGGGGAAGGAGGUACCCGAGACUAUUAUAGAAGCUGAAGUUGUGACUGAUGAGGAAGAUGGCCCUGCUAUUCCUAAAGUACCCGAUUCCGUAGAUUCUAAGGAGCAGGACUCGAAUGAGCCCCUAGUCGAUGGCCUCACACAGUACACCGGUUCCCAGCCCCAGGCUGCGGUUCUACCGCCUUCGGCACAGCCGUUGAUGGCUGACAUGCCCGUGGAUAAGCCGAGUCCGUCUGAUAUCAAGCGGAACCUCACACCAAGGGAGGCUCGUCAAUUGGUUGAGUUGCAGUACCAUGAGCAACUACGGCAGUACCAGCGGUGGCUCGUUGCUUUGGCUGAGGCUGCUAGAGAGAGGCGUCGGGCUGAGGAAGAACCACACUCCCAGCAAGAUGAUCAGACGAAGGAGGGCGGCCCGGUGUCCUCAUCGAGUUCCUCAGCAGAGGGGAGCGGCAAUGUGCCAGCAGAGGUUGAGGAGAAGGAAGCUAAGAAGCGGAGAGUCGAUGCAGAGAGUGGGAAGGCGUCAGUGCCGAAGUCCCGGGGAGUCGAGGAGGGUUAGACGAGCUCUGUGUACUUUGAAUGAGUUUGCACUAUACUAUGGUUCCAAUUUUGAUGCACAUCGUGCCUAGUGCUACAUAUGUAGCGUU